AUGAUCUAAUUUUUACUUCUCCACAUUAUAGCGAUUAAAGGACAAAAAUUAUUAAAAACACUUGAACUGUAUGGAAAUAAUGAAAUAUCAGGGAUAAUCAAGGUAGAAAAGAAUGAUGAGAAUUUAUUAAUAGCAUUUUAUUUUGAGAAUGUGAAUUACCCUAUCGCACUUGUGUCUAGGGAAGAAAUUCAUGAUACGGACUUUAAUACAACGGUAAAGCCAAUAUUUAUUGAAAGCCAAAAGGUUAUGUUUUUCGAUUAUGAAUCAAUUUAAAUCCAUUAUCACACCCAUUUGAUUGAACUGAAUUAUAUGGAUAACAUAUACUAUUAUGCCAGAGAUAGAUUUGGGCCAUUUAAACUAAAAAUAGAAGUUUAUUCAAAACCUCGUUCUACAUGCACUAACAACUGUUAGGGAUUUAUCAUCAGUAAAACGAUGCAAAAUUCUAAGUGUAAUCAAAAUUGCGAAUGCGAAACAGGAUACUUUGGAUCAUAUUGCCAAUUCGAGUUACUCAGAAUAGAUUAAGAUGUAAAUUAUAAGAUUCAUUUAUCACCUCAUAAAGCUGUGUAUUUGUCAUUUUAAUUUGAUAAAGAGGCUAUUUUAAUUGCUGAUGAUGUCAUUGAUCCAAUUACUGCUAGCUUUGGACUCUUGGGAUACAAAGGUUUUGAGAUUCCCGAUCAAACCUCCUACACUGCUAUCCUCCAUAGUUAAUUGAGUCUCACUAAAUUGAUUCAGAAUUUCAAAAUAAAGUUUAAAGAUGCAAACACUUUGAUUGUAGGAUUGCAAAGUCAAACAGAUUAGACAAUAAAUAUAAUAAUGAAGCCAGAACAAACUGCUACAAUAUUGAGUGGCAAUUGUAUGUUUUUAGCAUUUGCCUCCUUUAAUAUCAUUAUGAUUAUUCUUUGUUUUGGAGUCACAAAUUUAUGUAAACAGAAAGAAAUUAUAGUGAAAAAGAGGAGAAGAAUUAAGGUUCGACCUCCCAAAAUAGAAAAUAACCCUAAGAACUUUUCUAGCUAGUUUUUCAAGAAAUAUUUCGAAAGUUAUGAUUAUGAAGAUUUCGUCUAAAUAAACCCUUCGUACAGUUAAACAACUCAAUGUGUAGUCUGUAUGGAUGAUUUAAAUCUCAAGGAAAUUAGUAUAACACCCUGUGGUCAUGUAUUUCACCAUCAAUGCUUAAUGAAAUGGCUAAUGAAAAUUCUUAAUUGCCCUUCCUGUAGAUUUCAGAUAAUCUAUUAAUAAGUGAUAGAUGGUGGCUGGUUGGGUAGUAAACUCUCAUCAAAUUCCCUUUCUCAAUUAUAAAAUUCUAAAUCUCAACCCACUAUUCAAGGAAGCAGCUUUUUGAUUGAGAACACUGAAAAUGCUGACAUUGUUCAAAUGAUGGAAAAAGUAGAUGAAAAUUGA